AUGACCGAGAAACCUGAAGGGCAUAAGCGCUCUCGCAGCUCUAUAGCGCUCUCGCUUCUCCACCGCGAUAAAUCCCGCGGUGAAGACAAGAGCCAAGACGACAACACCGACGCCAACUCAACCGGGACAGGCUCGACGAAUGACUCCUCCCCAUUGACCCACGCCCGCAGUCUGAGCCGACACAGCCGCCGCAAACCUGCUUUGGAUCCGAGCCCAUCUCCCUCAACUCCUGCCAUACUCGAAGAUACCCCUCUCAACUUGAGCUCCCAAGCUAUCGACGGCAUGGAUAAUGUAACCUCCGCGCCUCAGGCGGAGAGUGCCAGCAUGUCACUGGACCAGUCCGUACGAACGUUCCGGUUGUUCGAGGUCCUGCGCGGCGGAGAUACCAAUGCGAUCACGAAAGCCCUCGAGGAGGCCAAGGACCCCCAGGUGGCAAACAAUCUUUACGGAACGACAAUCCUCCAUCUGGCUUUGCAGUGCGCCGAACCCCAAGUUGUGGAGUUUGUCUUAUCGUCGGGCACCGGGUUGGACAUCAACGCGCGCGAUCGUGAAGGAAACACGCCACUUCAUCUGGCUGCUCAACUGGGACGGACUUCGCUAGUACGUGACCUGUUGAAUAGACCCGAGGUCAACGAUGCCAUUAUCAACUACCGCGGUCAAACCCCUCUCGAUGCCGCGCGAACCCCGGAGAUCUUCCAGCAACUACAGCUGGCCCGAUCCCUCUUUAUCGACAGCAAGACCCAGGAAAUUCAAGCCCUGAUCAACGGAAAGGACUACGAUAAUCUGGAGAAGUUGUUGGAAGAACCGCGCGCGGAGGGUCUACUGGAUGUAAACAGCCUGGAGCUGGUUACUGACCGAGCUACCUUGCAAUCAGGUGGAACGCUGUUGCAUGAGGGUGCUCGCAACAAAGAUGCGCAGCUCAUCCAGAUUCUUCUCACUCAUGGAGCGGACCCCUUCCGUCGUGAUAAGAAGGGUAAGCUACCCCAGGAUGUCACCAAGGAUGACAAGACUCGUGCACUCUUGAAAAAGUCCCCCGCGGCUGCGAUUGCGCAGCGUGGCAUUCAGGAGCGGGCCAUUCUUGGAAACACCAAUGCCCAAGGUCUGUCAGCCCGUGCUUCUAUUGGCGAGGCUCCUUUGGCUGGUAAAGAUGCCCGUGAGAUGAGAGGUUAUCUCAAGAAAUGGACCAACUACACAAGUGGCUACAAGCUGCGAUGGUUUGUUCUCGAGGAUGGCGUAUUGAGCUACUAUAAGCACCAGGAUGACGCUGGCUCCGCUUGUCGUGGAGCUAUCAACAUGAGAAUUGCUAGACUGAACAUGGAUGCCCAGGACAAGACCCGUUUUGAAAUCCAUGGCAAGUCAUCUGUCAAGUACCAUCUCAAAGCGAACCAUGUCGUGGAAGCCAAACGUUGGUUCUGGUCUUUAAACAAUGCAAUCCAGUGGGCCAAGGAUGAAGCCAAGGAAGAAGAGCGGCAACGUUCGAAGAACGCAGAGACGCUUCGUUUAGCUAAGAUCGAUCAGUCCGCUGGAGAUACUCCCUCGGAAUCUGGCCUUAGCCGCAGAACCAGCGGUAGGGGCCCACCCCUCUCGUCCCUUAGCGUUCCUGGUGGCAGCAGCUUCACCAGACUCAGCACCCAUGCAUCGCGCACAACGCUUGAGACAUCACCCGCCGAGGAGGAUGAAGGCUCAGCUUACGGGUCGAUGGAUCAGGGUGCUGGCCCCAGUGAGGUAAACCGCGUGGCCAGCCAUGUAACCACCGUGCCGGAUGGAGACGACGACGACGACUUCAAUGACUACGCUUCUAGCCACGAAGAUAUGCCGACUAAUGAUAAGGAUGCACUCAACAUCACUGCGCAGUCUGCCAAACUUCAAUUAGAUCUUCUUGCAAAUGUCUCGGCUUCUCUGCAGGCUGAGAGAACUAAGAAUCCUGAAAUGGCGAUCGCAGAUCCAGCUGUUGAGCAAGCUCUUGUUGCCUACGAAGGUGCUGUCAGUAGUCUUAAGGGGUUAGUUCAGAAUCUUCUCAAGAUUUCACGGGACCGCGAUUCCUACUGGCAGUAUCGUCUUAACCGCGAAGAACAUCUCCGCCGCAUGUGGGAAGAGAGCAUGGCCCGCGUUGCUCAAGAACACGAAGAGCUCCAAGGCAAGAUGGGCGAGUCUGAAGAAAAGCGCAAGCGGACCAAGCGAGCUUUGAAGGAGGCGCUGGAGAACGCGACUGGCAGCAGCCGCUCCAUCAGCGCCGCUCCUUCGCGUAUGCCAACGGAACCCUCCAGCGUUUUAGAGACGAGUCAGGCAGAGAUUCGCGACCCCGAAGUAGUUUCUCAAGAAGACCAGGGAAGUCGCCUGACAACAGAGCCGAUUCCUCUGAACCGCAAACCCUCUGUUCUUUCUCAUAUCAGCAGUCUCUAUGAUUCUGAGUCAGAUGGAGAUGAGUUCUUUGAUGCCAUCGAUGCGGGUGAAAUUGAAGUAGAGGACUUCAGUCAAGCCACUGAGAUUCAAGAGCCCGAAGAACCCGAGGAUGAAAGUGCUCUGGCCCGGAAAGAGAAGGCUGUUCUGAUCAAGUCUUCUUUCAGAGGCUAUGAAGACCCCGUGCGACAAAAGCUCACUAUGGAUAACGAUGACCGGCCCAAGAUCGGUCUCUGGGGAAUCUUGAAGUCUAUGAUUGGUAAAGACAUGACAAAGAUGACCUUGCCUGUGUCCUUUAACGAGCCGACUUCAUUGCUGCAGCGCGUUGCAGAGGAUUUGGAGUACACUGAUCUUCUCGAUAUUGCCGCAGACCGAACUGACUCUAUGGAGCGUCUUCUUUAUGUGGCUUCCUAUGCUGCGAGUGAAUACGCAUCUACCAUUGGUCGUGUGGCCAAGCCCUUCAACCCUCUGCUCGGUGAGACUUUUGAGUAUGUGCGACCCGAUAAGGGUUACCGGUUCUUUGUCGAGCAGGUUAGCCACCACCCGCCAAUUGGUGCGGCGUGGGCGGAGUCGCCCAAGUGGGAUUACUGGGGUGAAUCCUCACUCAAGUCUAAGUUCUACGGCAAGUCAUUCGACAUUAACCUUUUGGGAACUUGGUUCCUCAAGCUGCGACCUUGUACAGGAGGCGAAGAGUUGUAUACUUGGAAGAAGGUCACAUCUUCCGUCAUUGGAAUCAUUACCGGUAAUCCCACUGUGGACAACUAUGGUUUGAUGGAAAUUAAGAACUGGACUACUGGUGAGGUCUGCUACCUUGACUUUAAGCCCCGUGGAUGGAAAGCGUCCUCGGCCUAUCAAGUCAGCGGUAAGGUGGUUGACCGCGCCGGUUCCCCGAAGUGGAGUAUGGGGGGUCGAUGGAACGACAAAAUCUACGCUCGUCAUACUCCAGGAUUCGAAGCACCUGUCUCCGGUCAGGACCCCGAGUCAGCCAAGACAUUGUUGGUUUGGCAGGCCCAUGAACGCCCCAAGGGUGUGCCAUUCAACCUCACUCCAUUUGUUAUUACUUUGAAUGCCAUCCCUGACAAUCUGAGGUCUUGGCUGCCUCCUACCGACACCCGGUUGCGCCCUGACCAGCGUGCCAUGGAGGACGGCCAGUAUGACUUUGCCGCAGAUGAAAAGCAUCGCGUUGAGGAGAAGCAGCGUGCCAAACGGAGGGAACGGGAGACCAGUGGCGAGACGUAUUCCCCCCAGUACUUUACUCGGGCCAGAGAUGCUACCACUGGCGAGGAAUACUGGGCCCACAAUGGUAAAUACUGGGCCAACAGAGAUGCCCAGGAUUGGAGCAAUGCCGAGGAUAUUUUCUGA